AGGCGAGCAGGUAGGCCGGGACCUGUUCAUUGAUGGACUACGUAACAGAACGGUUCAGGGGAAGCUACGUAAAAACUUCUCUCCCAUUAACCACACGCUGCAAUAAAUUAUGGACGCUGCCGAAGAUAUGGAGUGGAAGUUCGCAGCUAGCUUCUUAGAAAAUGAGGAUUAUGGUAGAGAAGGAGACUCGUCAGAACUUGUGAAAGCAAGGGCGGUACUGGCACUGCAAAACAAAUUUGAAAACAUGGGAUUUGUAGCCGGACCCGUUACGUAUGUAGAACAAGUGACAUCGAGGACCGUACCAUGGGGAGCGACUGUAAACAAGCAGAUCCCGGUAAUGGCGUCCCCAACCGUAACUCAGCCGCCUCCAUCGCCACCCACCAUCGAGACACCCGCAAGAGCGAAUGAGUCUGCUGCUAUCUUGGAGCUAACUAAAACAUUGGUUAGUCUAAUCCAAGAAAGCAAGAAGGAACAGCGAGAGCACAACGCCCGAUUAGAAGCUAUGAUGCGGAAUAUGCGACCCAUUGCGGUGCGAGCACCAAUGCAGGGAGGCAUGGCUGCUGCACAAGUUGCAGCGGGGCCAACUGGGACAGCGGCAAAUGUCUGUUUUACAUGUCAUCAACCGGGACACUUGGCCCGAGAUUGCCCCCAUCGGGCCAUGCAGCCUCGAGCCGGGGUCGCGCCUGCAGCUGCAGCCCCCAUAGCUAACGACCCGGGACGUGUAGGAGCCGUGAUGGAUGAUCAGGGGGGGAGUAAUGGAAUGAUGAUUUCCAGUGAGGAAGCAGCCGAGCUUAUCCCGCUGGAGCAGUAUGUAUCACUAGGAUACCCGGGGCUGGGAAUGAUUGGGACAAUCCGACCGGAACUCGAGUCCAGAGAUGUUGCCGAAUGGCGACCUUCGUCGAGCGAAACGGAGACGGGAGGCCCUACCUUUGUUACGGGGGAAAUCGAUAUCCUUGAUGUUACCCGAGCACUGGAUCAUCGAAUCCCUCUCCCAAUCGGCCACCUACUCUCCAUUUCGGAACACGCGAACGAACGUAUGAUGCAGCAUUGCAAAGCGAACCGGAAGCGAUUCGCCCUUGCACGCGCUCAGAAGGCGAAGGCGCCGACUUCGGAGGAAAAGGCGGACGUCGCCCCUGACCCCAUCCGACGAAUCAGGGAAUUUGAGGCAAACGGAUGGAUUGAGCCUGCCACCGGUCCCUGGUCGUUCCGAGUUGUAUUGGUUCCUAAAAAGAACGGGUCGGUCCGCAUAUGCAUCGAUUAUCGAAAGCUAAAUGAUAUCACGAUUAAAGAUGUGUAUCCCCUCCCCCGGAUUGAUGAUAUGCUUGAUGCGAUCGGGUGUGCUAACUACUUCAGCAAGUUCGACAUUCGGCAUGGGUUUCAUCAUAUCUUGGUGAAGGAAGAAGAUCGGUCCAAGACCGCCUUUGUUUUGUUUGAAGGCACGUGGCAGUGGGUUCGGUGCCUGAUGGGAAUCUGCAAUGCGCCUGGCACGUUUCAGAGGGCGAUGAACGUGACUUUUCAGAAUUUCGUCAAUAAGACAUGGCUGACUCAAGGGAUGAUUAACUUCUGCUUCAUUGUGUACAUGGAUGACAUUCUGGUGUACUCGGACACGUUUCACGGACACGCGCAACACAUUGAAUGGACGUUGGGUGCGUUGAGAGACGCAGGUUUCAAGAUUGCGUUGGAAAAGAGCGAUUUUUUCCUCCCGGAAAUCUCGUUCUUGGGGUAUGUGGUGACCCGAGGAGGCCUGAGGCCGGACUCUCGAAAAGUCGCGGCGGUCAAAGAGGCCCCGGUUCCGACCUCACUGACGCAGGUUCGAGCCUUCUUGGGCCUGACCUGGUAUUACCGGCGGUUCAUCAAGGGGUUCGCGGCUAUAGCAAGGCCUCUGACAAACCUGCUGCGAAAAGAACAGCCCCUUCAUUGGGAUGACGAGUACGACCAGGCCUUCGGGGCCGUGAAGGAUGGUCUCGUCAUAGCCCCGAUUCUGAUUCGACCGGACCCCUCUCGGCAGUUUAUUCUCAUCACCGACUGGCAGCCGGAGGCUGUCUUGGCCAUUCUGGCACAGAAGGGAAACGAUGGGAAGGAGCAUGUCAUCGAGUACGCUUCCUGGACGUGGUCAGCUUGCGUGGAGGGCUUCCCAUCGAGAAUUCCGCCUUCACGGUUGGAUUAUUUGGAUCCGCGCGACAUCAUGGAUCCCGCGUUCUACAGACCGUCGUACGAGGAUGAAUUGGAGGAGAUAAUCCGCGAGGAGCUCGCGGAAGAAAGUUUGGAGGAAGAGGAGGAGAAUCUGAACGAAGAAGAAGGGGAGCCAACACCGCAGCAAGAAGGAGAGGAAGAUGAGCUCCUGCAAACGGAGAACAAAGAGGAAGAAGAAGAACAAGACAACAAGCAAGGGAGCGGUGACGACCACGACGAGGAGCACGCCGACGAGGAUCCCCAACUAGAAAUUGCGCCGGUUGCUGAUCUUCCGAUCAGCAACGAUCCAACGCUCGACCCAGAGCCACCUCAGCCAGGCGACGACGAUGUGGCCCUGAUGGCUGGGCCGUCUGUUCGUCGGCCUCCUUCCCCACCGCGACACUGACGACGAAGCCACUCCCCCUCCGCCUCCCUCUCCCUCGCGGCUCGUCCUGCACUUCGAGC